AACGGCGUGAUCCGCUCUCUGGCCUUCGACGCGUGCAUGUCCAACGAGCACGCCAACCAGGUUAAGGGUGUCAUGUCGCAGUUCCAGCUCGAUCUCACUGGUGAGAACGAGGUGAAGUGCAAGUACAACCAGGUGCCCACUCAGGAUCCCAAGAAGAACAUCGUCGGCUCCUACAAGGCCAUGGAGUCCACCGUGACUGGCAAGUGCGAGGUUCAGUACCAGGUCACCCCUGUGCCUGAGCACUACGCCGAGACCCACCGCGAGUGGUUCCCCAUUCCCGAGCUGAAGCACAACCACACCUACCAGAACGUGCAGAUCGUGAAGACCAAGAACUACGACAACUGCGACAAGCGCAUCGGCUACCACUUCAGCCUGCAGACCAUGGAGGAGAACGACGACAAGCCCAACUCCAACCAGAUGGGUGACUUCUUCUCUCGCAGCUCCGUGUCCAACGUGUACAUCACCGGCCAGCUCACCAACUACACCAUCCAGUCCGCCGCCACUUACAACAAGGUGCACGUCAGUGCCAACCUCCGCGACGACGAGUCCCCAAUGGUGGCCAGUUACGUGAAGGUGACCCUCGAGGACGUGAAGCCCCUGCACGGUGCCUGCCAGGGCCCAGAGAACGCUCUGCCCGCCGGUGACCUCGUCAGCCGCUACAACCUGCCCUCCGACACCAGCAACGCCAUCCGCCCCGUGCAGGAGGAUGACGAUGAUGAUGAUAGCUCCAGCUCUGACUCUGACUCUAGCUCCGACUCUAGCUCUGAGGAGGAACAUGAGGUGAACAAGUACGCCAAGAAGGACGAUUACGAGCACGAGAAGCUGCAGCGCAAGCAGGAGGCCCGCGAGGAGGAGAAGCAGAAGGCCAACAAGCGCUACAACCAGGAGAAGAACUUCGAGAAGUACCAGCCCCACCACAAUCGCCAGCGCCGCAGCGUUGCCGGACACCCCCACCAGCAGCAGGACAUCAAGUACACCCACAAGAUGGAGGAGAAGAACUACAACAACUACAAGCCAUCCAGUGAGUCCGACUCCAGCUCUGACGACUCUGAUGACUCUGAUGACUCUUCCGACUCCUCUGACUCCUCUUCCGACGACUCUGAUGACUCCAACAGCUCCUACUCCGACUCCAGCGACAGCAGCUCCUCUGACAGUCUUGAUGACAGCCAGGAGUUCUGGCACCCCAAGCCCAACAUGAUGCAGAGCCCCGAGCACGCUUUCCUGCCCUUCUUCGUGGGCUACAAGGGUCACUCCAUCGCCGCCAAGGUCGAUGUGGCCAAGAAGGCCGUGGAGCUCUUCCAGGAGAUCGCCCGUGAUGCUCAGGAGCCAUCCCAGCUGCCCAAGCACAACACCCUCGCCAAGUUCACCACCGCCGUGCGCUUGAUCCGCGUUAUGGACUUCGACCAGAUCGACUUCGUCGCCCAGAAGCUCAUGCUCGCCGCCAAGGCUGCUGACCGCAAAACACCCGAUGACAAGUACAACCAGCACCCGGCUCAUGAUGCUUGGUACGCCUUCAGAGAUGCCUGCGCCGAGGCCGGAACCGGUCCCGCCGUCGCCGCCAUCUUCGAGUGGAUUGCCAAGAAGAAGGUCCAUGGUGAGGAGGCCGCCCAGCUCGUCGCCACCCUGCCCAACAGCGUCCAGGUCCCCACUGACAAGCUCCUCCACGACUUCUUCAAGAUGGCCACCAGCCAGACUGUCCAGCAGCAGCUGUACCUGAACGCCACCGCCCUCUUCGCUCUUACCCAGAUCGUCGAGCAGGCUGUCGUGAACAACCAGACCGCCUACGAGUACUACCCCGUGAACGUGUACGGACGCCUGGCCGACAAGCGCUCCCCCAUCGUCCACGACGUCGCCCAGUGGCUCAGCGCUGAGCUGAAGCACGCCAUCGAGCACGAGGACAGCCACCAGGCCCUGACUUACAUCCGUUGCCUCGGCAACCUCGGACACCCCACCAUCCUGGCCGCUUUCGAGCCCUUCCUUGAGGGAGAGCUUGAGUGCACUGGCUUCCAGCGCGCCGCCAUGGUUGUUGCCUUCGACCAGCUCACCCAGAACUACCCCAAGCUUGCCCGCAGCGUGCUGUACAAGCUGUACCAGAACAUCGCUGAGGUCCAUGAGGUCCGUUGCGCCGCUGUUAUGCAGCUGAUGCGCACCGAGCCCCCAGUGCAUAUGCUCCAGGCCAUGGCUGAGUUCACCCACCACGACCCAUCCCGCGAGGUUCGCGCUUGCGUGAAGACCGCCAUCGAGUCCGCCGCUGAUCUUGAGCACGCUCACUACCAGGAGUUCGCCGCCGCCGCCCGCGCCGCCGUCCCCAUGCUGACCGAGGAGGAGUUUGGCGCUUCCAUGAGCAUUGUGCACCUGCGCGAUGCCUUCCUUGAGAAGUUCAACCUUGCCGCCCUUGCCCAGUUCACCAGCUUUGGCUCUGACGACAGCAUCCUGCCCUCCGCCGUGCACGCCUACAUUGAGAAGAGCUACCGUGGCUACCGUCGUGCCACCCUCGCCUACGCUAUGACCUCCUCCGUGGAGCGUCUGUUCGACCUGUUCUACGAGCAGUUCGAGGACAACCAGGAGCAGAAGCAGGAGCGCGAGCAGCACUACAAGGCCCAGAAGGCCUCCGCCAAGAGCAAGAAGUACAGCUAUGCCGCCAGCGGUGGCAACCCCAAGAACGCCGCCUUCGCCGACUGGACUUACGACAAGGUCGCCGAUAUGCUCAACAUCCAGCCCGAUCAGGCUGAGCCCGUCGAGGCCCAGUUCCUCGUCAAGCUCUUCGGAGCUGAGCGCUUCUUCGCCUUCGGCAACGCCACCGUCGAGCAGCACAUGCCUUUCUACAUCCGCAUGCUGGCUUCCGCUUUCAAGCAGGGCUACAACUUCCACCACACCAAGUUCUUCAACCAGGACCAGCUUACCGUGGCCUUCCCCAUGGAGUCCGGUCUGAUCUUCUACCACCGCUUCUCCGUGCCCACUUACGUGAGCGCCACCGGUGACUUCCGUGGCCGCAGCCAGCCUGAUGCCGCCAAGUUCGGUCCCCGCGAUGAGGACAUGUACGCCCCCAUCGAGACCCCCGACUACAUCAACGCCACCUGCGCCCUGCACUUCGUCUAUGCCGUGAGCAUGCAGAGCCAGACCGGUUUCUUCACUCCCCAGGACCAGCAGCGUUACAUCGCCGGCCACACCCGCAAGUUCCAGAUCAAUCUUCCUCUGAACAUUGCCGUGAACAUCGACCUGAAGAACGAGCACUUCUCCGCCACUCUGCGCCCUCUGUUCCCCCACAAGUCCAUCGAUGUUGCCCACUACAGCAGCUGGCCUUACACUGCCCGCAAGGAUAUCAUGGACCUGAGGCCCGUGUCCGAGGCCAAGGACGUCAAGCCCCUGCGCCUGCGCCCCACUGUCAACCUCAACACCUGCUACGGUGACAAGAUGACCGGUAUGGCUUUCCGUUUCUACGGUGACCACGAGAUCCGCACCCCAGUCGAGUACACUCUGUGGCGCCACUUCGCCGAGCACCGUGACGACAUCGAGGAGUUCGCCUUCUUCCCAUGGGCCGUCCACUUCGCUCCCCACGCCAACCUCAACGUGGCCUUCGACGCUGAGAAGAGCACCGCUCACGCCGUGACCUUCUACUUCAACUGGGCCAAGCAGUACGACGCCGAGUUCGGACCUGGUGGCCAGCAGCGCUCCCAGUUCGCCCAGGUGCGCGGUACCCCCCGCUCCCAGUACGACAACCUGGCUAUCCCCGCUUCCCUGAACCCCGACAGCGAGCGCCGCGCCGAGCAGUACCUGCAGGUCGCCGGAGCUGGCAUCAAGAACAGCAAGGCCUACGUCGUGGACUGCGGAGCCGUGUUCCACCGCGGACAGCAGGGUGCCUACUUCGAGAAGAGCAGCCAGGUUGCCCACUUCAUCGCCACCUUCGCCGUGGCUGACAGCAGCGUUGCUGACAAGUCCAGGGCUCUGUUCUUCGCCGCCGCCGUUCCCGCCAAGGAGUCCCCCAUCCACCUCUGCGCCGUGGCCGAGGCCAAGCUGCCUUCCGCCGCCCAGCUGAACUUCAAGCACGCUCUUGAGACCGUCGCCGGCGGUGAUCUCUUUGCCGAUGUCCUCGUGGGCAUGGACAAGUGCGACUCCACCGAUGCCUUCCACGCCAAGAUCAAGGGUAAUGUUGCCCAGACCGACGCCUUCAGACGCUACAUCAAGCAGUCCCCCGAGGGACAGCAGUGCCUGUACCAGAUGGAGCACGGAGACUACCAGCUCCCCGCUUGUGUGAACGCCACCCACCGCGCCGCCCUCAUGCAGGACGUGCAGCUGCAGAUCGAGUACAACUUCGAGCACCCCGAGGUCACCAACUUCACUAGUGAGGCUGUUGCUCUGGCCAGAUACUUCAGCGCUGGCUUCAACUGGGAUCAGGACCACACCUACGAGGGCAAGCCCGGACGCGUGCAGUUCGCCUACGAGCUCUCCCCCAGCGGCUACUACGGCAACUUCACCCUUGCCACUCCCUCCUACAAGGCUGAGCUCAUCAACGAGCACCUCAACCCAUGGCUGAGGGCUGCCCUGACCGUGCACCCCGAGUACGACCUCUUCGACCGCGUCGCCCUGACCGCCUUCCAUGAGGAGUACAAGCCAACUUGCAGCAUCAACAAGAACAAGAUCAACACCUUCGACUCCUCUGUGCUGAACUACAACUUCGGCAAGUGCUGGCACGUGGCCUACAUCACCGAUGCCGAUGAGUACGAGUACGACAACGAGGAUGAGGAGAAGAACGAGCAGUUCGACGAUGAGGACAUCGCCAUCCUGGUGCGUCAGCCCAACGGUGAUGAUGAUAAGGACGUGAUGGUGGUGCUCGCCCAGGAGGAGCAGCACGACUUCGUGAUCUACAUGCCCGCCAAGGAGGUUCAGGCCCGCCACGUGUACGUGGAUGGUGAGAAGAAGCCCGUGAGCGAGAAGGAGGCCAUCGAGAUCUUCAGCGAGGAUGAUGCCCAGCAGCCCCUGGCCCGCAUCUACUGCGGACCCGUCGGUGAGGUGACCGUGGAGAUCCGCGAUGGCGCCGCCACCGUGGUGACCAACGGACAGACUGUCGUGAUCGAGAGUCCCGAGAACCGCGGUGAGGUCCUCGGUGUGUGCGGUUCCAACGACGGUGAGCGCGAGAACGAUAUGCAGACCCCCGCCAAGUGCUACCACCGCAAGGUGUCCCACUUCGUGGCCGCUUAUGCUCUGGAUGACGCCACCUGCGAGGGUGAGGCUAAGGUUGUGAAGAAGGAGGCCGCCCAGGCCCAGUGCUUCGAGGAGGAGCUCCUCUUCACCGACGCCGUGACUGACAUUGAGGCUGGUCGCCAGCACUACGGACAGGGAAUCCACGAUGAUGAGGAUGAUUCCUCUGACUCUGACUCUUCUUCCUCUGAUGACUCUGACGAUUCCGACGACUCCGACGACUCCUCUGACUCUUCCUCUGCCGACGAGGAGCAGCUCGCCGUUGCCGAGAAGAACAGGCAGCACCACUACCAGCAGAAGAAGUGCGAGGCUAAGCACCAGACCCAGUACGUUGAGCGCAACGGUGAGAUCUGCUUCACCAUCCGCCAGCUGCCUGCCUGCGAGCAGCCCUGCCACGCCACCGAGAAGAUCGACAAGCGCGUGCCCGUGUACUGCAGGCCCGCUUCCGAGCCCGCUGCCCAGCUCUACCGCCAGCAGAUCCGCAAGGGUGCCAACCCCGAUCUGCGCGACAAGGCUCCUUCCCGCUACAUCAACUUCGCCGUGCCCCAGACCUGCACCAUGUAAAGACCCCAAAGUGACGUAUUUAUUGACCAAUGUAGAGUAGAAGAGCAAAUAUAGCGGCCGUCUCGGUCCAAAAAUAAUAA